CAUGAUGAAGACGCCUCAAAUCACGAAAACACAGGUUUCAAUUUGAGCCAAGUUUUACUAGAGCAUCAUGAACAAGCAGGCGAAGUUAUUCCAUCUCCUGUACCCGAAGAAGACCGCGAUGGAGAUCAUGUCACACAUGUGCCGCCAUCAGGCGGCAGAAUUCAUGUGCCACACAGUAUUGUGACCGACGCAAGUCAGAUGCUAGACAUGGAUGCAUAAAAAUGUACACUCA